AUGAUCAUGCUAGCUUCAGGGGCAGUUGCAAUUAUUGCGGGGCUACUGGCCCACCAACUUGUCUUUAUUCACGGAGAAUGGCAUCUAAAGGGGCCUAGGGUCGUUGUUCUUCAUCUUCUUGCCGGUAUUCUAUUAUAUGCAACCCAUUUUUUUGGUCAUGGAAGCACUGGGGCCAGCUUGGUUCGGACAAUAUAUUUGGCGAUAUGCUAUAUCUCAUCCCUAUUCACAAGCAUUGCAGUAUACCGACUCAUGUUUCAUCGAUUGAAACACUUUCCAGGUCCAAGAUUAGUCGCAUUGACCAAAUUAUGGCAUGUUUGGCAAUGCCGUGACUCGCGUGGGCAUCUCGUCUUGCAGGCUUGGUACGAAAAGUAUGGGGAGUUUGUGCGUACCGGACUUCUCGAUAACGUCGAAAUUAAAUCUUCAGGUCCCGCCGAAAUUACCAUAUUCCAUCCAGAAGUCUACGAGGCCAUGGAUGGCCCUGAAAAUCGCAACACGCGCUCUGAUUGGUACGACCUUUUAUAUCCCCGGAUAUCCUCGAUCUUUACUCGCGACCGACAGCUUCAUCAGGAGCGUCGAAAAAUGUGGGAGCAAGCACUGAGCAGAAAAGCAUUGCUCCAGUACCAUCGGCGGGUGGUAGAAAAGGUACGCACACUGGAAAGUCUAGUUGCUUUGGAAGAAUCAUGCCCUGUUCUCAUCAACGAUCUGAUGUAUUUCUUCGCUUUUGACUCAAUGGGUGAUUUCGCCUUUAGCGAAGAUUUUGGUAUGAUGAGGAACAAGAGGUGGCAUUCAUCGGUAGCGAUGCUGCGCUCGGCGCUCACAAUGUUGGGUCCAUUCAGUCCUGCGAUAUGGAUCCCGAGAUUGGGAUUCGCGUUUAUUCCUUCGCUGUGGAAGGUCCGGCACUGGUUCCAUAUGCUCGAAUUUUGUGAUCAGUGCAUGGCUCGACGGAUGGAGAAAACACUCUCCGAUCACGAUAUUGCAUCUUGGUUCAUUGAGGACCAUGUCAAACACGGAUCCGAUCCCACGCGGGCGCGUUGGUUGAGUGGUGAUACUGCAACACUAGUUGUAGCUGGAAGCGAUACCACCGCCCCAAGCCUAACACUCGUCUUCUAUUUCCUCGCUCGCUAUCCCAUGCAUGCUGAGAAGAUAUACGAAGAGAUUCACGGAAUUGAUAGGGAGAACCCAGCUGCAUUGGCCACGUUGCCACAUUUGACGGGAACCAUAAACGAAGCCAUGCGAUUGCUUCCAGCAGUACUAACCUUCAGCUCUCGAGUAACUCCACCAGAAGGACUGAUGAUAUAUGGCACCUUUAUCCCAGGAAAUACCAAAAUAUGCGCACCACGCUAUACAAUCGGUCGACUUGAGACAGCAUAUGUCAACCCCCAUGAGUUUAUUCCCGAGAGGUGGUACAGCCAACCGGAGCUUAUCAAGGAUAAAAGGGCAUUUGCUCCUUUUGGCGUCGGGCGCACGAGCUGUGUUGGUCGUCAUUUAGCUCUUGCACAGAUCCGACUUGUAACUGCGGCUUUAGUGUUUCAUUAUCGAAUCAAAUUUGCACCUGGCGAGAAUAAUGGCGAGGCUGUGGAACGGGAUAUGAAGGAUCAAUUGACCGCGCAGCCUGGUGCUUGUCGGCUUGUAUUUCAAAGUCGGGUAUAG